GUGUGCUCAGAUUUCAGUGUUCGGCGAAUUGUGCACAGAAAUAUUCGCGAUCGCUGUGUGUUUUAAUGUGUUAUGUAUUAAUACGGCAAAACCGAUCUCAUAUGCAGUGUUUGAAUGGAUUGAGAUUUAGAGGUGCGUGGAAAUAAGCAGUGUGUGCUGGACAGAGACGUGCAUAUAGUCCUUAUAUCGCAUCUGACAUGAUACACAUGCUUCACCAGUUGCAGGAGAAUUAAUUCACGCGCACAUGAAUCGAUGGAAACACUGUGGGUAUCUGCAUUGUAAUUGCUGUGAAGAUCUGCAGUGAUUCAGUGUUUACAUACGCCUCAUUUACGGUGCAGAUUCUGUAAUCCAUAAACUGGCAGGAUGGUGGUGCUGUCUCUGAAGAUCUGUGUGAGACAGUGUAAUGUGGUGAAGACAAUGCAGUUUGAGCCAUCAACGGCUGUGUACGAUUCAUGUCGGGUCAUCAGAGAGAGGGUUCCAGAAGCCCAGACAGGACAAGCUUCAGAAUAUGGGCUGUUUCUGUCAGACGAAGACCCCAGGAAAGGCAUCUGGCUGGAAGGAGGCCGGACGCUGGACUAUUACAUGCUGAGAAAUGGGGACAUACUGGAGUAUAAGAAAAAACAGAGACCUCAGAAGAUAAAAAUGCUGGAUGGAGCAGUAAAGACCAUCAUGGUGGAUGAUUCCAAAACUGUGGGAGAGCUGCUGGUCACCAUCUGCAGUAGAAUAGUAAAUUGGUUGGAUCAUGGACGUACAUUUAGAGAACAGGGAGUCGAGGAGAGCGAAACUCUACUGUUGAGACGAAAGUUUUUCUACUCUGAUCAAAAUGUGGACUCGCGAGAUCCUGUUCAGCUCAAUCUGCUCUACGUACAGGCGCGUGACGACAUUCUGAAUGGUUCUCAUCCUGUGUCAUUUGACAAGGCUUGCGAAUUUGGUGGAAUUCAAUCGCAGAUCCAGUUUGGGCCUCAUAUAGAACAUAAACACAAAUCUGGAUUUCUGGACUUGAAGGAAUUUCUGCCUAAGGAAUACAUAAAACAGAGAGGUGCAGAGAAGAAGAUCUUUCAGGAACAUAAUGCUUGUGGUGAAAUGACAGAGAUUGAAGCCAAAGUGAAGUAUGUGAAGCUUGCAAGAUCCCUCAGAACAUAUGGAGUGUCUUUCUUCUUGGUGAAGGAAAAAAUGAAAAGUAAAAACAAGCUGGUCCUAAGGCUUUUGGGUAUAACCAAAGAAUCAGUGAUGCGAGUGGAUGAGAAAACCAAAGAUGUGGUUCAGGAGUGGCCACUUACUACAGUGAAAAGAUGGGCCGCCUCACCUAAGAGCUUUACACUGGAUUUUGGGGAGUAUCAGGAGAGCUACUACUCAGUUCAGACCACCGAGGGGGAGCAGAUAUCUCAGCUUAUAGCUGGUUACAUCGAUAUCAUUCUCAAGAAGAAACAAAGCAAAGACCACUUUGGUUUAGAGGGAGAUGAGGAGGCCACCAUGUUAGAGGAAUCCGUUUCUCCGAAAAAAUCUACUAUAUUGCAGCAGCAGUUUAACCGUGUCGGACGGGCAGAGCAUGGCUCUGUGGCACUUCCUGGGAUUUUGAGGUCAGGUUCUGUCGGCCCAGAAACACUGAACAUGGGCACCAUGCCCUCUCCACAACAACAGAUCACCACUGGACAGAUGCAUCUUGGACAUAUGCCACCACUGAGUGCAGCCCAACAGGCUCUCGUGGGAACCAUUAACACCAGUAUGCAAGCAGUGCAGCAGGCACAGUCUGACCUAGAGGAGGUGGAAGAGCUGCCACCACUUGGAGAUGAUAUGCUACCAGUGAUGGAGAGCUUCUCAAGGCCAUCAGUGCAGCAGCUGGUAUCGCCACACAGGCUCUCAGUGACCUACUCACACACGUGA